CCAAGCGUGGUGCUUGGACGCUGUGUUAUCUUUCCGCUCCUGGAUCUUUGGUUCUUAGUUGUCCGUUCUUUGUGUUUGCAAGAUUAGCGCUCCCGUAACGUGGCUUUGAGCAAAACGGACUACGUUCAUUCAGGAUGGCGUCGGACAACGGUGUCGACUCUGAUUGCAUGACGAUAACGCGCUUCCUGAUCGACCAGCAGCGCUCGUGUCCCGGUGCCACUGGCUCGCUGACCCUUCUGCUCAACCAGCUGAUGACAGCGGUCAAAGCCAUCGCGUCCGCCGUCAAGCGAGCCGGAAUCGCAAACUUAUAUGGCAUCGCCGGAUCUCAGAACACCACGGGUGAUGAACAGAAGAAACUGGAUGUGCUUGCCAAUGACUUGUUCAUCAACAUGCUGAGCACGUGCGGACAAGCAUGCAUGCUGAUCAGUGAGGAGAACGAGGACCCUGUCAUUGUGCCCGAAGAGAACAGAGGCAAGUACAUUGUGACGUUCGAUCCCCUUGAUGGCUCCUCCAACAUCGACUGCUUGGUGUCCAUUGGAUCUAUCUGGGGCAUCUAUGAGAAGAAAACACCCGGUCCGCCCACUAAGGAGGACGUCUUGAGACCGGGCACCGAGAUGGUCUCCGCCGGCUAUGCCCUGUACGGCUCCGGCACCAUGGUUGUCAUGUCAACUGGCUGCGGUCUCCAUGGCUUCACACUCGAUCCGAACAUUGGCGACUUUGUCCUGACGCAUCGCGACAUGUUCAUCAAGAACCGCGGCAAGAUCUACUCGACCAACGAAGGCUACGAAAAGUACUGGGAUCAGAAAGUCACGAACUACGUGCACUCCAUCAAGUAUCCCGAGGACGAGAAGAAGUCGCCCUAUGGUGCACGCUACAUUGGCUCGAUGGUUGCGGACGUGCACAGGACUUUCCUCUACGGCGGCAUUUUCCUGUAUCCGGCCAAUACAAAGAGCCCCAACGGAAAGCUUCGUCUUUUAUACGAGAGCAACCCAAUGGCGUUCAUGAUGGAGCAAGCCGGUGGUCGUGCCACGGAUGGUGAGAAGCGAGUGAUGGAGAUCGAGCCGAAAGGGAUCCACGAGCGAUGCCCGGUGUUCAUGGGCUCGACGUAUGACGUCGACGACUGCAUGAAAUUCCUGACGGCUUAGCUAAGGUCUGUACCGCCUCCGUUCAUGGUGCGUUUGCCUGGCUCUACAGCAUUGGACGUCAACAUUUCCUCAGAGGUACACAUUGAUUACUAAUUGCCCUUGCCGUCGUGCGUCUGCCCAGACAUUGGGAGUAAUGGUUGCAACAAAAUGUUUUCUCCCAUCUCCUGCAUUCUCAGUUUAACGUUACCUCUCGAUCAUUCUCUCAAAGCCUCUCAUCUUCAUUUGCAUUCCGUUUCUUGAAACCUUUGUUCAGUCUCUCCGCCUCUGUCUAUCUUUUCUUUUGGCUAUCAAUGGUGAAACAAAUCAACGGUAUGCUAUAGGUUGCAGUUUGCUCAAGUCAGUUAGUUAGGUCCGCAGAAACUGUGAUAAGUUUUCUUCAUUUUGUUAUGCAAAACACGGAGUCCGACAAAUUUC